CUCGCAGCCGUGUCGGGAUCCCGCGUUCGUUGUGCUCGCUUCGCGAAGAAGUGCACGCGACUCCGGCGGUUCGGGUGUCCGGCGUGGAGCUUUCGACUCGGUGCGUGAGCUGCUGUGCGUCUUGGACGAUCCAGCUUCAAGUCGGCAGAAUCGAUCCCGUGGACCUAGUCCUGUCGUCGUCUGCUACAGUCCAUCGCCUGCUCCGACUAUCGUGUUCGGGUCCUCUUCUAACCCUUCUCACUCCCCCACUGACUCCGUCAACUUUUUAAAUAAGAAACUCGGCAGUGGUUGGAGUUUAACGAGCGUGCUGACGGGAUUAGUGUGACUCAGGAACUUUUGCUGGCGUUCUGGUCAGUUGUCGUGGCGUAGGUGAUGGUGUCAGUGCCGCUUUCGCGGACGGAUCGCGUGCAACGUUCUCGUCACUGCUGAGGGUUUUCGGAAAGAGUGCGAGCCCGCCGCUGCCGUCGUGGAAAUGAGGACCUUGCUGGAAGAUGCACGCUUCAAGAAUGUGAGAAGGAAAGCUCGCUCCUCCGAGCGUGCCGUGAGGGAGCGGUCAAAGGGAGCGAUGACCCCAGGCGUCAUCGCCGGCGGCCACCGGACACUGACUUCGCCCGGCAGCCUUUGCCUCGGCGUCGCCGGUCUCCUGCUGUGCGUCCCAGUUAUCGUCGGUGCAGUGCCGGGGGCCGAUGACGCAUGCAGCCAGGGCAAGCCGGUGUUCAUGCUGGCGACAAACGCGCGUCUCGACUCGGACAUCUUCUCGCGCGAGUACGGCGUCAACCUGACGGCGUGCGCCGAGGCGUGCCGCCGGGACGCCCGCUGCCGGUCGCUGACCUUCGUCAAGAACGCCACGGACAGCUACUGCCAACUGAUGGGCGCCGCGGCCGACGCCUCUGCCGUCGUCCACGAGCGCACCCUGUCGCCCGUCAACGGAGUCUACUACCUCGAGAAGAUAUGCCUACAAGGUGCCUGCGACCGGCUGUUCGUUGCCGAGUGGAUCCAGGGCAUGGAGCUGGAGGGCCACGACAACCGGGUGCUGGGCAACGCCACGCGCCGGGCGUGCCUCGAGGCGUGCGCGGCCGAGCGCUCGUUCGUGUGCCGCUCGGCUGAAUGGGACGAGCAGCGCGGAGGCGAGUGCCGACUCAGCCGAUAUGACCGAUUCUCGAGGCACGUGCACUUUGGCCGAUCGGCCAACCCGUCCGUCGCGUACUUCGACAACACGUGCGCCUACAAGCCUGUGAGCGGCGGCCACACGGCCGAGAUCCUCCUUCUUGGCAAUGUGGAGCACCCGUACAGCCUGGUCGAGUACCGGGGCCUCUCGGUCAGCGAGUGCGGCGAGUCGUGCCUGCGCAACGCCCUGUUCCCGUGCCGCUCGUUCCUGUUCGGCCGGAGGUCGCAGCAGCAGACGUACUGCGGACUCACGCACCAGAACCGAGCCGGUCUGCUGCAGAACCCGGGCAGCUUCGAGCCGUCGCAUAGUCUCAACUACUACGAGAUCGCCAGGAACCUCGACGCUUGCGACGACGAGGACGUCAAGUUCGAGCUCGUGUCCGGACGCUACAUGACGGACCGGCCGCUGCGCACGUCCCAGGUGUCGUCGGCGCACGAGUGCCUGGCGCUGUGCCGCGGCGACGCCAAGUGCCGCUCGGUGUCGUACGACUACCGGCGUCGCAUGUGCUACGCCCACUCGGACACGCUCCGCACGGGCAUCGACACCAACGUCAAGCGCAACCCGCAGAUGAACUACUUCGAGAAAGUCUGCAUCUCCGCUGGCAGCGUGUGCGACAAGCACUGGGCCUUCGAGCGGGUUCCGGGCAAGGAGUUGGUGGUGGGCGGCAGCUCGGGCUCGCAGUCGAAGGUAAGCGUGGAGGCCAACACCCGCGAAGAGUGCCAAGCAGCGUGCCUUGCGCACCGCGACUUCGUGUGCCACUCGGCCGAGUUCAACUACCAGCUCAGCGAGUGCCGGCUCAGUCCGCACUCGCGGUUCACGGGCGCCUCUGGUGAGCCGAAGCUCGAAGACUCCAAGUUCGUCGUCGACUACUUCGAGAACAACUGCGUUCGAGAGGUGCGGGGCUUCUGCAGCACGAAAAAGUACCGGGACCAGGAGCUCGUCCUUGCCGACCUCGUGAUCGGCACCAUGUCCCAGGAGGACUGCCUGCAGCGCUGCCUCAACAGCAUCGACUUCGUGUGCCGCUCGUUCAGCUUCGAGCGAGACACGCAGACCUGCUUCCUCAGCCACCACACGCGCAAGUCGGCGCCCAAGGGCGCCACUCUCAGGCUUCCCGGCACAGACCUCGUCGAGCUUGGCGCUUGCUUCGAUGUGUCUGUGGAGUGCGAGCCGCACGUGAUGCGAGCCCGCGUGCGCAGUAACAUGGUGUUCAAGGGUAAGGUAUACACCCGGGGUCGACCCUCCACCUGCUCUCAGGACAUCAGCAGCAGCAUGGACUUCACGCUGCCCAUCCAGCUGGCUGGAUCUGACUGUGGCACCGUCAGUAAGGCCGAGGGUCACUUCGCCAACGUGUUGGUCAUUCAGAGCAACGACCAGGUGGUCACGGCGAUGGACAAGGCCAUCGGCGUCUCAUGCACUUUCGACGUCGGCAACAAGACUGAGUUCGCGUCCGCCAAGGUCUCGGACCCGAGACAGACCGACCACAGCCGGGGAAAGCCGCCCCUGCCGGAGUUGUCACUGCACAUCCUGGACAUGCGAGGCAACGAACGCGAAUCGGUGUCGCUGGGCGAGCUGGUACGCGUACAAGUGCGCAUGUCCGAAGAAGACACGUACGGCAUCUUCAUCAAGAACCUGAUCGCCCGCGACGGAACGGGGUCCACGAAUCUGACGCUCAUAGACAAAACAGGGUGUCCCGUGGAGGCGAAGAUGAUGCGUGAGAUUCGAACCAUCGACUCUCACAGCAAAUCCCUGGAGAGCUACCUCGAGGCGUUCGCGUUCACCGGGAGCAGCACGCUGGAACUCGAGGCAGAAGUGGUCACGUGCCUCGAACGGUGCAAACCGGUGCUGUGUCAGAUCCCCACGGGCCGACGCGAGGACGACAUCGAAACGGUGACGUCAUUCGGACGCCGUCGACGGAGGAGCACCGCCGACGCCGUCCCGAUGCCAGAGUAUGAGCUACGCCGCAGCACACUCACCAAGAAGCUGUCCGUGGUGGCCGCUGAGUUUGGAGUGGGCCAGCAGUCGCAGGACAUCAGCUACGCGUUUCCGGUCACGGCACCGACAACUUCCGGCCGGCCUGCCAGCAUGGAGGACCUGAUCGCCGAGCAGCUGGGCGUGAUGUGCUUCGAGCCGACCGCGUCGGCUGUCAUCGGCGGCCUGGCGCUCUUCCUGGAGGUGUUCGGCUUCGGCACCUGCCUCGUGUUCGCCCUGCGCAGGCGCAAGGGCCAAUCCGCGGACGAGCCCAUAUGCUACGACAACAGCGUCGAAGGCUCCACGGAUUUCGCGUGCUCGGCACCCUACUGAGGCGCUUUAGUUUCGCGGUCACCAAACCCGUGCCCUUUUGGGCGCUUCUGUCACCGGGAUACCGCCGCUGAAGCUUGUCGUAUUCAUCGAAGGCCUUGUCAUAUGCUUCCACUGAUUCUCACGGGGACUACGAACGGUUCACAAAGCUUUUCGUUAACGAGAAUAGAGACAUGGGUUCUCAAGUGGGUCAAGUUGGUUCAUGAACAUUGUGGCAGAUCAGCGCGAAAAACGGGUCAAUGAGCACGCAGGACACAGCGCUGGAAGAGAGGACACAGCGCAGGACACAGCGCUGUGUCCUGUCUGUUCACUGUGUCACUUUUUAAAUUUUUUUUUAUUUUGCACUGCUCUGCAACAGUUAGGAUAGGGAGUUGUACGGAUUGGUAAUUCACGGCAAAACAAGCAGGGCGUGGAAGAUAUGAAAAAAAAAUAACGUUCGGCGCUGACAUUCAACGAUGUCUGUUGGCGGUUCAAGCACCAUAUAUAAGACGACGUGAGCAUAAACAAACGCAAAGAAAGAGGAACGCUUUAUCAGGCAAGAUUUAUUACAUACACAUCAUCGAUUGUUAACACACGCCCUUGGAAGUGACGCUUCCGUCCUCUCUCUUGAAGAGACACUUUUGUUUUGUCAGACUCUUCCAUGUAUACGAUCUCUGGAUCACCAGUAAGACAUUCUUAGAAGUCAAUAACGUGAACAUCUUUUCUAUGUACCCUACUUCCAUUUUGUGAUCGCUUGUCCUUUUCGUUAGUAAAGACUUUUUUUUUUUCAGAACUAGGCCCGGUGCCCUUACAGAACAAAAGUUUACGCGACUGGAUCGCGUUCGCGAUGGCGAGUCCACUGUUGUACAAGUGACUAUACUGACCAUUUCUGACAUCAUUCAACAAAGAUCGCUGUCGUUAUCAGGACAGGUUUUGAUUUACAUUCCCCACGCGUGCCGGAAUAGUAAGACAAGAAUUCGUGACGUGUGAAUGUCAUAGUCGGUUACAACGUAAGCAUAAAUACAGGCUCCACCCGCAAAAUGUCAGCCCGCUUCUCAAUCAACCAUGUAAGAGAGUCGUGCAAGCUGGUUUCCGUUGUAGCCGUAAGUACUUUUUCUGUGCUAAUGUAAACACCACGCAUAUCGAAAACUAAAGGUUCGUUGUUCCUACCUAAGAUAUGUCCUUUAUCUAAGCAGUGAUGUCCGAAUCUCGGAUGAAAUUUUAAAGGACGAUGAAGUUUUCGACUUGAAACCAGUGACUCGAACGUGUGCCAGUAUCGGUACAUGAACUAACCGGAAAUGUGCUUGACGUCACAAAAUUGAGCAAAUGUGAUUGGAUGGACCGUCUCUGCGAAUCCUUUCCGACUGGGACAGUGAUGGCUGUAGGCGGACUCGUAAUCAUGCUUAGGUUGUAACGGACUAUAGGCUUACCUCGAGCUUUUCACAUUGCGAGCAUCAAAUUUGAUGCCGCCUUCACUAAAAAAUUGUUUCCUGCGGCGAUUUUCCCGGCAAUAAUUCUUAAGCAUUAUUCCUGCCUACGAAUGGCGUUGCGAACCCAGUAGCGAGUUCGUGUGAGCGGCUGCAGUUGUAAUUUUCAUGUUCCGGCUUCUCGGUCCAGUCUUCCGUGGCCUCGUUUUCAACCGGUGAAUAUUGCGUAUUGACGAAUGCACUUAAGGCUGAAGGAGCUGGCGGCUCACUGCACUUAAGCGAUCGUGGAAUGUUGCUAUAGCUCGAUGGAAGAAAAAAAAUCUCUUGUUUUUCCAUAAUAUCCCUACAUCAGCACCAUCCGGGGUCAAACAUAAUUGUCUACAUGGGCAGACGAAGUAACGAGUUAGAUGAUACGAGGUCAAAGGCUUUCUUUUCUUCCAUCGUAAGGUCCCGCCAGGGUGUCCAUAACCACUAACUACUAAUCAAGUUCUCGCGUGAAAUACUCGUUAUAUGAAACGCUGCGUCGCGAACUUGUAUGAAGAUUUGCAGAUGAACGCAUCCUUGUAAUUGGGUUAUUCGUAUGGAGGGAGUCUUGCAAAGUAAAAAAUAACAAAGCUAGCCCACGUGACAAUGCAAGACUCUUAACCUAGGGGGUCAGCCCGACGGGGUUACACGUGCAUGUAGGCCAACUUAAUUUAACUUCGUGUUUCUAGAGCAGGCAACAAUAACAUCAGAGUGAUGGCUGUGGAGCCACGUCCGCGGGUUGCUGUCCGUAAAUCGGGAGGCAACUGGCGCACAACGCUGUCCUUGCUUACUUGUGAAACGAGUAGCAAAAAAAAAACCUAAAAACUAAACACUACUACUUUGGGAACCUGACCUCAUCUCGUCUAGCUUGUGCGCUAAACUGCAGGUCAUUACGGCAGCCCAGCCUGGCAUUCCGGCAAAGUUGUACGCGUACCGGUCGUGACAAUGACUAAUUAGAGAGAGACAAGGGUCUGUCCAUUCGCUUCUAUACACAUUUUCACAGAAGGCUCCCUGUGUGCCACCACAAUUUCUUCGGGGCUGUGGCAACUAGGCGUGACCCGCCAAAAACCCACUGACGAGGUAGUGACGUCCGCCCUGCGACUCUUUUGGCACAGUCCAGAAAGGAGGUCGUCAGUCUCUCCCGUGAAAAGGUCUGUACGGUACGAGUGGUAGCACUUCCGGAGAACGAUGGUCUAAACAUGCCAACGAGUUUUAUAGUGUGCUCUGAUUCGAAGAUUAUGCGGAGGCGUGAAUGCAUAGGUACGAACCUUGAGUAUGCUAACGUUGCUGUCUUAGAAAUGCACGGAGCACAGAAACCGUAGCGUGUUUGGAAUUGUCCAAUGACCUAGUUAACAGCGCUUGUUCAGAGCGUCGGACCUGGUUGUAGUCCGCAGUAUCAGUCAUAACGUCUUCAGUAACCUUUAGGCUGGAUUCACUCAUACAGAAUCGCUGACACUGUCUUCGAAAGAACGUGGCAUGUUUCCGUGACAGAGAAUUAUUCAGCGCAACCAAAAAAAGAACAAGAAAAAAAAACAGAAAA